CAACCAAAAGUAAAUGUUAAUUUGACAUUCUAAUAAUUAAAGGAUGGAAUUACAUGGAAAAAGUUGACCAAAAUCAUUGAGGCAAUAAAAAUUGAACAAAUCCUUUCAAUUGUAAACUUCAAUAAUAUAAAUUAAAAAUGACUAUGUCUCAAUUAAAAAUGAAUCAAAUUGAAGAUAUGUGUAAAAGUUUACAUGUAUGGUUAGAAACAGUUGUUCCAAGUGUAGGAAAAAAUCUUGAGGAUUUAGCGGAUGGAGUAGCUAUUACCGAUGCUCUUGUACAAAUUUCACCAGAAAAUUUCGAUAAAUUACUCCCUAAAAUUAAAAAGGACGCAGGCAGUAACUGGAGGCUUAGAGUGAGCAAUUUGAAGAAAAUUCUUCAUGCAGUUAUAGAAUAUUAUCAAGAUGUACUUUCCUUGCAACUACAACUUGAAGCUGUAAAUCCAGAUGUUGUAGCAUUAGGGGAGAGGUGUGAUAUUGUCCAACUUGCCAAACUGUUGCAAUUGGUUUUAGGAUGUGCAAUAAACUGUGAUAAAAAACAAGAUUACAUAACGACUAUUAUGCAGUUGGAAGAAUCUGUGCAACAGAAUAUAAUGCAAGCUAUUCAGCAAUUAGAAGAUGUAACUCUUGGGUCUGGUAGAUCAGGAAUAAGUCUUCUUCUGUUUGAUAGUGAAACAAAAAAUAGACUAGUCAGCGAGCUUGAAUCAGUGAAUAAAGCAAAGGAUACUUUAACACAGCAAUGUCUCAAUCUGGAACAACAAAUACAAAUUUUAAUUGAUGAAAAACAAACGUUAAUCAUAGAAAAUGAUAAUCUGAAAGAAAUUGAAAAAAAGUAUAAGGACAGUAGAAAACAGAUUGAAAAUUUGAAAGAAGAAUUAUUCAAGGAUGAAGUUCAGAAAGAUGACUAUAAAUCUAAAAUUGUUGAACAAGAAAAACAAAUCAUGAAUUAUCUAGAAAAAAUUUCAGAAUUAACUGUAGCUGCCAGUGCCACUUCUCGUUUAAAGGAUGAAGUCGAUGCCUUGUCAGAGUCUGCACUUAAAGUUCAAGAUUUGGAAAUGACUGUUAAUUCAUAUAAAAAAAGAUUAGAGAAAUAUCAGGACAUAAAAAAGAAAAUGCAACAACUUGAAGACAAAAAUAUGGAGUAUUUACAAAAAAAUUUGGAGUAUGAAGAAGAACUACAAAAAGUCCAUGUGUGGAAAAAUCAGUGUGAAACAUAUAAACAGCAAUUGAACAAUAUCCAACAAAAAUUAGAUGAAGAAACGCAAAGAGCAGAUAAAGCACAAUUCACAGUUGAAAAAUUAGAAAGUAAACUCUUAACUGUACAAGGAGAGAAAGAUAGGUUAACACUAGAACGAGAUGUUUUAAGGGAUGAAAACGAGGAACUGAAAUUUGGCAGACCUGCAGUUAAAAGUGGUGCUGCAAUGUCUGAGGAAUUAACUCCAACGGAAAUGAAAGAGAGACUCCGUUUUCUAGAAAAAGAAAAUAAAUCUUUGAGAGGAACUUGCCAAGAAGUAGAGGCAAAACAAACUUUACUAGAUAACGCCUUAGGGAGAAUUGAAAAAUUACAGCAAACAAAUAGAAACUCUACUCAGACAAUAUUGAAAUUAGAAACACAGAUAGAGGAAUUGACAAGAAACGAUCAGAAAAGUGAAGUACAAGAAAAUGCAAUAAAAGAAUACAAACACCGAAUAUUAGCUCUACAGGAAAGUUUGAAUAUAAAAGAAAAUGAAUUCCAAGCUUUACAAACACGUUAUAGUAGGAAUGUUGAGAGAGCUCGAGAAGUGGCUCAACAUCUGGACUGUAAGUCUAAUGGUGCACUGGAUGUUUCGGUACAGCAAGCACAUGUGAGAGAACUUGAAAACAAACUUAUAGCGACUGGUUUUCAUCGAUUGAGCUUGAAUUGCCAUCAAGAAGCGAUGGAUGAAAGAAUUGCCGCAAUGACCACUGGUCAAGGUCAAACAUUUUUAGCUAGACAGAGGCAAGCCACCCCAAGAAAACAAAUUCAGAGAUUUAAAUCGAAGUAAUUCAAAAGACUAAUUAUAGCAAUACCGUGAAACAAGAUUUUUUUCAAUAAAAUAAAUAAUAUUAUUGAGCACGAACUAUUGUCAUAUGUUUUAUCCAAUUUAUUAUAGAUUUUAUGAUAUUUAUUGAUUGUUUUGUUUACAAACUAAUUACAUAAUAUAUAUACAUAGGUG